ACCUUCUUGCUUGCCUCCACUUGAUAGGAUGAAGCGAAAAGAAAGAGAGAGAGAAAGAGAAAGCGAAUGAGCAGAAUUCUUCUGAUUAGAAACAAAAUUUCAUUGCUAAUACCCUAUUGCUCUAAUGAGCGCACCUAAAUCUGGUCACACUCCAAAGAUUCCUGCUAGUUUAUACUAUUAUCCGGGGGAUGAGGGCUCUAUCGUGAAUUUUUGGAAGGAUGGCUUUUCAGUUAAAUUUUCUUUUAAAUCUAUGUCUUUCUUCACAUCUAUAUUUACAAUAGUACAACAGUGCUUGGAGACCCCAACCGUCGUUUAAUAUUUUCUCAAACAGAUUUCCAUGUUCCUGACUAUAAAAUGGUAUUCCCCGCUUGGGAGACCUGCCUCUUGUGCUGGAAUCCCUGUGACUGUGUUCCACCUCUGUUCCUCAGCCAGCUUCCUGCUAGAGCCUCUGGGAAGACAGCAGGCGAUGGUCCCAAUACUUGGGUUCCUAUCUGCCAUCCAGGAGAUCCUGAUGGCAUUCUGGGCUCUUUUUAAUUGGGGUCACCCAAUAAAUGUUAUGGGUAGUUGGAAGAAGACUGUCAGAUGGCAAGUCUCUCUCUCUCUCCUCUGUUCUUUGUGUUUCAUUCCACCUUCUACCCCCACCCCCGCUUUCUGUUGCUCAGUCUUUUAAAUAAACAAAUCCUAAAAGGAUACGUAUCAAUGUUCUGGGUUUUGUAUGUAGCAUUGCAGUGCAGAACAUUCUGAAGGUGGUGGUAGUGAGACAGAAGUGCAGAAGUGAAGGUGGUAUGAAGAUUGGUAACUUGCUAGAACGCUUGAAUGCAGUCCCCGCCACCUGCAGAGUGUGGGUGGUGAACUCUUAUUUCAUUGUUGCACUCAGUGAAUGAAAUGCAUAUCACUUGGCUCAUCAUCUGUCUUUGGAACUAGGCAAUCUCCUCCUCCUGCCUGAAGGCUGUGAAUGAGCCAAGUGGUUCUCAGUACAAAGAGCAUUGGAAGGGAGCUUAAGAGAAGCUCUGACAUCAAGUCUUGGCUAUUAUUGCGUCAGUGAAAUCUGCAUAUGUUCAAUCUGUAUGUGUAUUACUUUCGUAACAACUGUGUAAAGCUGGAGUUUAACCUUUCUAAGUGGUGAAGGUUAAACGAAUUCUCUGAUUAAAUAGUUGAAAUCGGUGAAUUUGUAGUAUGCUUGGGGGAAAAGCCUUUAGCUGGUCUUUUUGUGAAAUUGUAUAGUCUUGUGUCCUUUAUUACUGUUGAUAUAUCCUGAGAAAUGAAUCCUUAGAGAAUUUUGCGUUGUACAAACACCAUAAAGUACUCUUCUCCAAGCUCAGCUGGCUCUGAUGUCACUAGGUGAAAUCAUCUAUGAGACAGCUGCUACAUAGAUGUCAUUGAUGGAAUUGCAUUAUACUAAACCUGAAGCUUAUUAUAUUCAAGGACAGAUUGCUGAACAUUGCCUGUUUAUGUAUUGUAUUCUUCCUUGAGAGGGCAAAUUUACAGCUGUGAAUUAGCCACUCGAGUAGUCUAAGUAGAUUUUUGGCAAAAAUUCAGAGAGGGAAAUAUUUCAGAAUAGUUUUAGGUCAAGGGUAGAGAAGAAAUUAAUGGAAAUGUGCUUGCACAGUGCAUAAGUUUGGUUUCCUGUAGAGUUUGGUGUAGACUACAAACGAAGCUAUAUCUUUAGUUGUUACUAGAGUUUAUUUCCUUCCUGAAUUUGGGCUCAUAGUUAAGGCAAAGAGAUUAGAUCUUCUACUGCUAGAAUAGGCCACUGGGAAGAAAAUAGAUUCCAAUCUUUAUCUUCUGUUUGCAGCAAAAUAUCCAGUCACUCACCUGAAGACAAUCCUCAAGUAUGGUGAGAUAGCAAACUUGAAAUAAACUGAGAUAUCUACUGAGAUAUUGGUAAUGAACUCAACAAGGCCAAAUAAUGCAUUGCUAUAUGUGCAUUGAUGGAGCCUCUUAGCAAUAUUAAAGUUUAUGCUGCCUGUUACUAUCAACUUGCUUUACCAAUCCAUUUAAAACACAUUUGAGUGCUUCGCAUGUUAGACGUUAUGUUCUAUGUAGAGAUAGCUGGGAGAAUGAUUCUACCAUCCACGCCCAUCAGGAAUGUGAAUCAGUGUGUGUAUGAGGGGUCUUCAAAUAAUUCACAAAAAGUCAUAUGAGUUAAUUAUGAAGGGUUUUCAGAUACUUUUUGGAUGCAGCUUUACUUUAUUAAUUGCCGUCUUCUCUGAAUCUUUGAAAGUACUUCCAUAUUCCUGUGCUAUUCAUGUCUGUAUGUGGAGGGUGGGAUGGAAAGAAAUAAGUGACCAAAUUGCCAGAAUACAAGAUAAUACCGUUAGGACUCCAGGAGAGCGAGAGAGAGAGAGAGAGAGCGAGAGAGAGAGAGAGAGAGAGAGAGAAAGAGAAAGAUCUGAGACCUUUUCCUCCUGGAAAGGCAGGUCCCCAUGUUGAUGGGAGAAUGUCAGUUGAUGUCAGUUGGAAGGCUCCUUUGCAGCUGAGCCCUUCAAAGUAGCUGGCAGGAGUGACUUGACACAGAGCCAGAGGGAAGACUGAGCGCAAAGGCCAAGGAAGGAAAGGUUGGGUUCGUUUAACUUUAUUUGUGGGUUAGACAUAUUAGGAACAGAUUAAACCUAAAUACUAGCAUGAUGAGAUUUGACGUUGGAGUACAUUUAAUAAAAUAUGGCUUUUAAAAUGACGAUUUAAAGUAGUGGAAAAGGAGAGGAACACAAACCUUCCCACCCCAAUUUGCCCCAAGUUUCUUUGAAUCUGCCUGGGUUUCUCAACCAUCAGCAUUACGGAUAUCUUGGACUGGUUAAUUCCUUUUGAGGGAGAUAGUUAGCACCAUUCCUAACCUCUGUUCAACUGGGCCUAGCUGGGCAAGGAGCAGGCAAGGGCAUCAUAUUUAAGGAGGUAGCCAUUCUCAAGGUCUUGUACAUUUAAAUCCUGCCCUUCUACAACCUUGCAAAUAAGUGCCUCCUUAAUAUUUGGCUCCAGACAUCAUUCUUGCUUCAUCCAGUGCUGGCACCGCCUUUUCUCCCAGUUGUGACAGCCACUUGUGUCUCCAAACACUGCUGAAUGUCUGCUAGGGGACAAAAUGACCCUUCGUUGAGUCACACCGUAGUCUUUCUGAAAUGACUCUGUGGACUGUGCUUUCUUUUAAGUGCCUGGAGAAGCAGCCAGCAGUGUGACCUGUUUUUCUUUUUCUCAGUCGUAGCUGAUCACAGGUGUACACUGGGUGUGUGUGAGCAGCUGGGCACUGGAGAAGUGGUGAUCCGCAGAAAGUGCUGGGGAAGGAAAGCACUGGGCCGCUCUUAAAGUACAGUGCUUUUCUUUGACGCCUCAAACAAGUGGAUCUUGCAAACCAAAGGACUUUAGGACUGUUGGCCAGUAGAGUUAACUUUGUAAUCAACGUGUGCUCUACCUCUUUUCCUGUGUACUGCCUUUCCAUAUCAUCUUCAAGCAAUAGUGACUACAGUAAUUAAAGAAGCCACAUUUAAGAAAAAAAAUCUGUUCAAGAAGACAUCUGUCGAUAGGUUAUUUCAGUUUCAAUCAGAAGAGCAGAAAUGCCACCGAUGCCGAGUGGGCCCCCACUUUACCCACCUCCUGAUGGGGGCUGGGGCUGGGUUGUGGUGGCAGCGGCUUUUAUCUCCAUUGGAUUUUCAUAUGCAUUCCCCAAAGCCGUCACAGUAUUCUUCAAGGAAAUUCAGGAAAUAUUCCACACAACCUACAGUGAAAUAGCCUGGAUCUCGUCCAUUAUGCUAGCCGUCAUGUAUGCUGGAGGUCCCAUAAGUAGUGUCUUAGUGAAUAAAUACGGCAGCCGGCCAGUGGUGAUUGUAGGAGGUUUACUGUGCUGCUUGGGAAUGGUCUUGGCCUCAUUCGCCACCAGUGUAAUACAGCUUUACCUCACUAUGGGAUUCAUUGGAGGUCUUGGCUUAGCCUUCAACCUGCAGCCAGCCUUAACCAUAAUUGGCAAGUAUUUCUAUAAGAAGCGACCCAUGGCCAACGGACUGGCCAUGGCAGGAAGUCCUGUUUUCUUAAGUACCUUGGCUCCUUUCAAUCAGUACCUUUUUAACACUUAUGGUUGGAAAGGAAGCUUCUUGAUUUUGGGAGGUAUACUUUUGAAUUCCUGCGUGGCUGGUUCACUCAUGAGACCCCUCGGACCCCAACAAGCUCCAUCGGACUCCAAAAAUAAGACUGGCGUGAGUACAGAAGCUUCGGAUCCGAAGACAACCCAGAAGAAACCACUGUCGGAAAGAGUCCUUAAGUAUUUAGACUUCACCCUUUUUAAGCACAGAGGGUUUCUUAUAUACCUCUCCGGAAAUGUCAUCAUGUUUUUGGGCUUUUUUGCCCCUGUCAUAUUCUUGGCUCCUUACGCUAAAGAUCAGGGAAUUGAUGAGUACUCGGCAGCCUUCUUGCUAUCCGUGAUGGCUUUUGUUGAUAUGUUUGCUAGGCCCGCUGGAGGAUUCAUUGCAAACUCCAAGCUUAUCCGACCCCGAAUCCAGUAUUUCUUCAGUUUUGCAAUCAUGUUCACUGGAGUAUGUCAUCUCCUGUGUCCUUUGGCCAAGGAUUACACGAGCCUGGUGGUGUAUGCUGUAUUUUUUGGUCUUGGAUUUGGAAGUGUUAGCAGCGUGCUCUUUGAAACGCUGAUGGACCUGGUUGGUGCUGCAAGGUUUUCCAGUGCUGUGGGACUUGUCACAAUCGUGGAGUGUGGUCCGGUUCUCCUUGGUCCUCCUCUGGCCGGCAAAUUGGUGGAUAUUACUGGCGAAUAUAAAUACAUGUACCUAGCCAGUGGGGCUAUUGUGGUAACGGCAAGCAUUUGGCUGCUCAUCGGCAAUGCUAUCAACUACAGAUUGCUGGAAAAGGAAAAGAAGAGGGAGGAGGCACAGCAGAAAGUGCAGGCACCUGUGCCCAAGGAAUCUGAACCCUUGCACAAGCCCACCCACGAGGAUGACGUGACCAUCAAGAUGCCCCAAGCGCAAGACGUUCCUCCUUCAGAAAGAGAAACGAAUAUUUAAUAAGUCACAUCUCCAUCUCGGUGUUGAUGAAUUUGCUUAGAAACGCAUUUUUUUGGGUGUGUUUUUAAAUACGGGGAAAGGUUAAUAGCCAAAAUCAGGAGUCACAGGAUAAAGAUGAUGUUCUCAAUGGGAAAUUUUAAGUUAGUUUAAAAAAUCUUCUCGGAGUAGUACGAGUUUGUGAUUGGGCACACACAGAAUCCAGGUGACAGAUCCAUGUCCGCCCGCAGCUGUGGGAUGGCGGUUCAAUACUGAUUCCAGAGUCUUCCACUGUUGCUGCAGAAGAGAGAGACACAUCCUCAGUCCUUUGUAUAACUAGUUAAAGUAUGUUUAGUCCCAUACACGGAUCCUCCUUGUGUUUUGUUUUUUUUUUAAACAAUAUUAAAGUAUAAAAUAGAAUUGAGGGAAAAGUAUCUCUUUCUCUGUGUCACACACACACACACACACACACACACACACACACACAUUUAUAUCCAUAUGUACAGAGUAUCUGGAGAACAAACUCAAAAAGAAUAUUAUCAUAGUUAAGUACAAAAAAUCAUGGUGACACAAAAAAGUAUUAUAUCUGCAUGCUACUUUCCAGUGUGGAUUUUAACGUAAGCACAGGAGUGAAAGUGAGAGUGCCAUAGUAAAGCACCUGCAUAAACAAUAUAACUCUGAUAAACAGAAAACUCAGUGAAAAAGCACUGUUGCUUCUAGGCACUAUCGAUUAACCCAGGCACGUAGACUUCCUUCAGGGUGGGUGGGUUGCCAGCACCUGUGUUAGAACUCCUUCAAAUAAGUUUCAGAAUUCUUACCUGAUGUGAAAAUCAAAUUAAAAAUCCAAAUGGCACCUAGCAAUGAGUUGUGUCCAGCGAUCUUUGAAGGGCUUUAAUCAUUGUUGAACCAAAAAGUAAUAACCAGGGGUUUGUUUUACUGUCUCAUGCUGAAAUACCAAAGUAAACGGGAGCCAGUUAUGUCCAUUAUCACGUGGCUGUGAAGCUAGAAUAUGGUAUCAAGAAUUCAUUUGACUAACAGUGGGAGGUGGUUUGAGUGAACCUUCUAGGCCCUUCUGGCUCAGUCCCUUCCAAAGAAAGCAGAUGCUGAAAACAACAAAAUAUCAAUUGGCCUUUUGCUCCACCGCUGAAAAUGCCUCCUAUGAAAGGGAAUGGCAUUCCUUGAAAAGUCUGCCCUCUACUGGUGAGGUGUCCUGCUGCCUGUGAACCAAACGAGGGAAUUUGUUUAAAACAGCUUCUAGAACUAAAAGCUCCCUGUGAUUUCAAGUUGUUAAAUUUUGUUUUUCACCAUGAUAGGCAGAAACUCAAAAUAUUGCAUCUCAGAUUAAUUUAGCAGUUUCUUAACUAUACCAAAAAAAUUCCAAAAAAAUUGAAUCACUUUUGAAUACAGGGGCAUAUGGUCGACUUGUGCUUUUUCUAAUUUAUAUCAGUAGCGUUUCAAGUGAGGAAGUACUCUUAAAGGAUAGUGUGCAUCAUGGCUAUAACUAUGAGUGCUUAUAUCUAUAAAUCUAAGGUUUAAAUUACUAGUAUAAGUGAUACAAACGCGUUUAGGGCUUAUUUAGUGUAGUGAUGUUACUCUCAAAGGGGUUUCUCUUCCGUUUUUAUUGUAGUACCAGCAGGUGCUCCUUAUAAUGCCUGUGAGAUUGCACCUGGGUACCAAAAUUGUGUAAUAGUUAACAUCAAGGAUUCGAUUCACGAAUGCACUGUUUCAGCAUGCAGCUAACAUUUAGGAAGCUACUUCAGAUUCCACUUUCCUCGUAACAUUGUUUUUUGCUUACAAAGCCGUUAUUUGUAUUUUUCAAAUAUUCAAUAAAAAAAAGAUGUGCCAAGAUCAUGCAUAAAUAAAUCAGAAAAGAUAUGACAGGAUAUGGCUAUUUUUAAUUUCACAUCACCCAAUCGUGGGUCUUGAAUUAGCUGCCUUUUUGUUUUAUGUCAAGUCAAAAACCGAUUCCUGUUCGUGUUGCUGCAUUUUCACUGUAUGAAUGAACUUUUAGCAUUUCUAAGACUGGCUGUAUCAAAUUACUUGAGAAGUAAAGUUGCACUUGGAAGUACUAGUGUCUGAAGCACAACAGUCACUCCGAGCAGCUAUGAACGUACCCAUUUGCAUAUAUAAAUGUUGACAUGUAAACCACAAAAUACUUGACCUAAGUGAUAUAUACAGUGUUCAAAAGUGUUUGAAGGUCAUGCGAAUGAAUCUGUUUCUUUAAUCUAUGAACCGGAUACAAGAUUUCCUUUGAGAAGAGAGUCUCAGCUCAAAAGUUUCUAUGUUACAUAGGGUACAGACAUGGAGAACAAAAGAUCUUUUGUAUCUGCAACAAUUAGUACUGAAUGUAUUUCUUACCCUAGGAAACAAAAGGUCACAGCUGUUACAGUUGGCGUAAAGCAUUGUCAGAGUACAUUACUAAAUUCUGCUUAACAGUAUCUCCCCAUCAUGGAAUUGGACAGAAGGAGUGUUCCCCAAGCAGGGAGUGUUCCCUGGUUUCAGCAUUUUGCCGUUGUGUUGACUGAACAUCCCCUUUGUUUGUUUGUUACUGAACCUGCACUGACUUAUGAAUUCAACAGUGGCUGGGGAUUUGUCCUGACUCAUCUGCAGCCUUUUUCUUGAUCCAUUUUGUUUUCAAGAAAUACACUUUUAAGAAAUAAAGGAUGAGGUCCUAGUGAAUUUUACAUCGGAGAACACUGUUUUCUCAACCCAAAUCCACAAAUAGAGUGAACUUAGACUUCACCUGAAUCAUCGAGAAUAAGCAAAAUAAUUACAUCUUAUGUUCAGAUGUAUCCAAUACUUAAUUUUUCUCUGGCUGCACAACAUGAUACUCAAGUAUGUAGAUAAAAGAUCACAUAAUACAUGUGAUCAAUAAGUUUUUACUUAAAUGUGUUAUUUCAUGAAAUCCUCAAUUAGUUUGCACUUAUUUUUUAUUCAAAACAUCUUACAAAAGGGUUACUCUGAUGUAGAACAUUGCAAAUAUGCAAAAAAAAAAAAAACCCACCAGUAAAAAGCAUGCUUAUUAGGCUGAAUUUAAUAGGGAAAAAGGAUACAAAUGUAAAAGAAGAGGUAUUUACAUUUCGUGCAUUUUGCCUACAUAAUGCCUUUUAGCAGUCAAACCAAAGCCAUGGUAGAAGUGAAUAAGUUGAUAUGAGAGAUGAGUGAAUGCAAAAAUAAAUAUACAAAGAAGCUGAGAAAGUGAUUAGAAUAUAUUAUGUGUCAGAACAACAAUAAUAAUUUUUAAAAAAACUCAGGUUUAACUAAAUGCAGAAAAAAAGUCCCUAAAAUGUUCACCACCAUGCUGCCUAAUAACAGAAGCUAUCAAUGCAAAAGUAGAUAGAAUAUGUAGAAAUGCAAACUUUUACAGUAAGAUAGCUAGGUUUAAUUGUAAUCUUAAGAUUUAUUUAGUAUUUCUGGGAGACUGCACUUGCUUUGGCCUGAGAAUGUCAUACAAAUUGUUUUCUAUCCACUGCAAGUUGUUUCGAAAUCAUAGUAGUGGUUAUACAAUAGUUACAAUUGUAUUAUUGUGGCUUUUCCAUCAAAGAAAUCAAUGAUACAUUUAUAUGAUUCAAAAAUAUUUGUGUUUUACCUAAAGCUAAAGUUAGGAGGAAAAUUUUAUUUUUGUGAAUGAGUAAUUCCUAUAUUGAUUGUAAUUAUAGCUCAAAAAGUAUUUGCCACAGAAUAGUUGAUUCAUUAGAUAGCCUUAGUGAUAGAUUAUAUCAAGCCAUCAGGAAAGAUAACAUGAAAUACAAAUGACUUGAUGCAUCUAUUCUGCACUUACUUUUCUCAUUAUUUAAUACACCUUUCCUCACACUUACUCCUUUACAACUGUCUCUGAACAUUAUUGUCAUUCUCCGUUAGCUGAUUUCCCUGUGUGAGAGGACAGGUGUCUUUGCUUUUGUCUUCCUGUCUGGAGUUAUAAAGCCAUUAAAUGUCCCUCGCCUGUAUUCGGUCAGUGCACAUCCAGUGCGCUGCAUCCUUCACAAAGUCAUCCAUUUUGUGUCUGGUUUUCUUUGUGAUUUUCCCAAAGGGCCUGAUUCCAUAAGCUGUGGCCAGGACUAUUGAGCUUCACAAGUGAAGUCCCAGGUGACAGUGGUCCUGGGGAUUCCUGGGGAUAGGAGAUGCUUGUAUUCUGCAACUUUUGUUGUUGUUAAUGUGCAUUUCCCCUUAUGCAAGACAGGCAUAGAAUGGACUUAAUUCUAGAAAGAGCUCAGUCUUCCUGUGCUAUCCUGGAUAUUUAGUUACGGUCGCCUUUGAGAAGCGCAGUGCGUUAGAUUACUGCACCAUGCGCUCCAUGCCAUCCUGCAGGUUCUGUCACUGCUCUCAUGUGACUGAUGCGUGAUACCAGGUAGAUUCCCUCCCAUAUUGCUCACGAUAGUGAGCAGCAUCUUAAAUGAAAGUUAGAAUUAUAUUCUUGCUUUAUCUCAUCUUAAGAUUUUGGUAUCUGCAUAUGUAUAUGUGUUAUCUCAUAUUUGAGAUGCAUGUAAAAACUAAGAAGCCAAGUUAUCAGUAAUUUAAUGCUUGCACGGUUGAAAUCAUAAUGUUUAUCUUCGGUACAGUUGCAAAUUAAUGAUUUGCUGAGCUAUUAUUUUUAUGGCUCUGGUGAUCAUUGCUAACACUGGUACACUUCAGAUGGUAACUCUUCACAAGUUGGUAUGAUCUGGUUUAUUUUAUUGUUUUAGAGGGAUUCCAUUUGCUGGUUUGCUUCCCAAAUCCCUGGAACAACUGAGACUGGGAAGCCAGGACUCUAAAAUCCUAUCCAGGAGUCCUAUGUGGAUAGUAGGAACCCAUGCACUUGAACCCUUACCUGCUGUUCCAUAGGGUAUGUUUUACCCAGAGUCUGGAAUUGGAAGUGGGGCUGGGACUAAACCAUUGCACCUCAGUGUGGGUGUCCCAGGAGCACCUGAACCGCUGUGCCAAGCACCCACCCCUGGUUUAUCGUAGUCUUUCCCUUACUGCUGCUUUUUUAUAAUAUCACUUAUGUGCUAAUCAUAAAAGCGUUGCUGCAUCAUUCAAAAGAAUCAUUUUGAUGUUUUCAACAUUAAAAUUAAUGUGGCAAUAAGAUUUUCUUGACUUUAGCCUCAAAGGUUUUUAGACAACAGUAUCUGAUCCCGAUUCCCUGCUGCUUUAGCUUCUCUUCCCUUUCUUCCGUUAAUUAGUUGCAAAAAGUAUUCUCCUUCCCUGGCGUUUUCAUGAUGUCUACCUGAAUGUCUUUGGGACUUUUUCAUCUGAUUGCAGAUGUUUUUGAUUCUGGCAGGGUUAGGUACCCUUUUCACCAUUUGUGCUAUCUCCAUGUUUUUCAAUAUUCGUUUGUAUUUUCGCGUAAAGUUCCUGGUACUUGAGUGUUGUUCACUGGUCUUAAGUUCAUUUUUAACUUUAUGUUAACAGAAUAAAACUGACUUCCUUUGUUUCCUUUUUAAAAAUUACCCUAGUUUAAAUGUGGCAAACUAGAAAAGCCACCUGUGACAACGUUGUUACUGAACGUUCAGUUACGUCCUACACAUUUGAUAAGUUCUAUUUUUAUUUCAUAAAUUAUGGGGGGAAAUUUUAGAAUGUAUUGUUGUGACUAAGACUUUUUUAUUUAUGUAUUGAAAAGGUUUUUUUUUUUGUUAGACUUAGUUUAUAUAACAUAUUCAUUAGUAUAUAAAUUCCUGAAGGUCAUUCAAGCAACUCUAUCUUCCUAUCGUCUUCUCUCUAUUUUUAACUGAAGUGUGAAUAUUUCUGGCUUAUUAAUAUAGAUCGUAUGAAUUGAAGUGUUUAUUUUUUGAGUAUUAGAUGGAAUGGCAUCUUGAUUUGUCAUUUGCUUUUUAUUUAUGUACUUAAAGACAUAGAUUUAUUCCAUUUCAUCAACAGAAGCAUCUGUUAAUUUUGUUAGAUGUCCAGAUUCUUAUAGUAGCUUAGAUCAGAUUCGGAUCUUCACCGUAAUAAAUAUAAAUCCCCCGAGUAAUGGAAGUAUGAAGAUAAAAUCUAGCACUUUCGCUCCCAAAAAACUUCUUUCUCCGUUGGAGUAAUGAGUUUUCCUAUUGGUAACGGUGAUUCAUACAGAGUGAAUAAAAUACUAAAAACAUGUACUUCAGAUCUACAGAUCUUAGAAAAACCUUUACACCAAAAAUGAAUUUAUUUCCCCAAUCAUACUGCACAACAUUAUGCUUGCAAAAUUUGCAAGAAUAUUUGCUGAAUGCCACAGCUGAAGUUAUGUAAAAUAAUUAUCAUAGCUAGUGGAUGAAUGAUUUUGCAAUAUAUAUCUUGCACUAGCAACAGUAAGUUUAAAAAUAUUAAAUUUAGUUGUUAAACAGUAAAUAAAUUGAAAAACUAAUAUUGUAUUCUUAGUAAGCAUACAUCAACAUUUUGCCAAUUCCCUAUCUUAUUCAUAUUGAUAUUUUAAAAUCAGGAAUCAUUUUUUUCCUAUAGUAAAAUGGCAGAACACAGACCCAUAAUGUUAAUUUUUAAUUGAUUCAGUUUCAUACUUGGCAUCAUUGCUAUGAUGUGAUUUUGACAGGGAAACCAUACUAAGAGCUUGUUGGUCUAAGAAGAUAAGGGUGGGUUAAUAAAAUUAUCAAUGUAGGUCCACUUCAGAAAUUCUUGUUGUUUUAAUAGAUACUUCCCCUAAUGAAACAGUAUCAAAAUCCACAGAAGGUUUGUGACAACGUAUAACAAGUUCCUUUGAUUUAAAAAAAAAAAACAAACUAAAAACAAAACAAAAAAACACACAAAAACAAAAAAACCACCCUACCUCCACGAGCAUAGUAACGGAUUUUCUUCCUAGGUUUUCCUCUUGUUAUUCUUUCUCAGAAACAAACAGCGCUCUCAGUGUCAGAAUCUGGAGAUGGCAGAGCAGGGCGGAUUAGCUCCCAAGUAGAGGCUUAAAGCCAUCCUCUGUACUCAGGGUUUGCUUCAUUCAGCAAGGAGAUUUGCCCAAAGAAUGUGUCUUCAGAGAAAUUUCAAUAAAACUUGUGUGUCGUAUGUAGAAUCUAUGAUUAUGGAGGACGAAAAUUGCAUCUGAAGUUUGUGAUAUAUUUAGUUAGUUUCCAUCAAAACCACAUCUGACAUGUGGCAGGCCUUAUCAGCUGCAGUGAGUGUAUCAGGUAAAAAUGCCCCCUGUGAAAUGAUGACAAAAAAUGAAAUCAUACAUCAAUCCAAUAUAAGAAAGAGGAGGAUUCUCCUUCCUCAAAAUUUGCUACAAUUGACAUUCUAUUGAAAGCUUUUUUUAUAUAAAAGCUUCCCUCCCUCACAUAAUUUAGACUAAAUCUUUGCUAGAAUGAAUAAUUCCCCAUUCUAAGAAUUUUAUGGAAACAUUCAUGACUCAAUCUUUAAGCCAGUAUUUCUUAUCCCAGCAUCAAAUGGAAGGAUUAACAAUAAGCUUAUCGUGUAUAGAAGUUAUAUGUAGCAAUGACACUCAUAAGGCAUAUGUAAGAUUUUAAAAAUUGCCAUAUGUAGAUACCUUUUGGCAAGAAUAAUUUAUUGAAUUUAGGAAUUAAUCAGUUGGAUUAUUUUAAAGGUAAUGUUAAAUUUGCAGGAGUUAUGUUUAAAAUGGAAGUUCGUUUGCUUGUUCCAUAGCUUCCUUGAUUAUGUCAUCAUAUGGUCUCAGAAAGUCCUCUGAUCUUAAUAGUGAAGUGAAGAGUGUAAUUCAACACGCCAUCUAAGCUGGUCCAUUCUGCUUAACCUAGAUUUUGGCUGUACUAUUGCCUUUUUUUAAACAAAAUUAAUUAACUAUAAAAAGAUGCGUUUAAAUGCCUGUCAAGACUUUAAAAUCCAAGAUAGAAAUUUCUGCCUUCUGACAGAUGAAUGUGCUGAAAAUGAUUUUAAUUUGAUCUUGGUAUACUUACUUAUUUUCAGAAUGUUUUAUAACUAUAACUGGUCUCACAUUGAGAAAUAAGAUAUGCUUAAAAUAUUAACCAAAAAAUUAAAGAACUGGCAUUUUCAUUGAAGUAUUUUAUUUUGAAUAAAUAAAGUACAUAUUUAAACUAAAUAAAAUAUUGUAUUUAGACUAAAAGUGUUUAUUUAAAUCAGGAUAUAUUAUUAUGAUGGUUUCAAUGUAUAUUCAGUUAGGUUUGUUCUGACUUCAUUUUUUAGGUAAACUUGAGUAUUGAAUUUUUUACCACUUUCAGUUGUACUACAGUGUUAUAUAAACACAAUGCUUUAGAAAAAUCUCCGUUGUGAGUUCUAAGUUCCACUACACAAAUUUCAAACCAAAUGAUGAAUUCUUCUGUGGGAGUGUACAUAUUGCCUUUAGUUUAAAUAUAUUUUCAGACUCAUCUCUUUGUUACUAAACUGUGAGCUCCUUCUGCACAGCCUUGUUAUUUUAGUCAUCCGCAUAGUUUUCAUGCCCAGGAAAGUGCCAGAUAUAGAAUAAUUCCUUUAUUGAAAUGAAUUGGUCGAUCAGUCUCUAACUGUGGAAGUAAAAUAUGGAAAACACCUGUAGUGUUUUUGUUGUUCUAAAUCAAUGUUUUGUGUUGAAUAACUGAUUUUUAUUUGGUCAACCAUUCUAUGCAAAUAUGAAAAUAUACAGCAGCUAAAUUUUACUGUGCUUAUUAAUUAGUUUUAUUUUCUUUACAAAAUCAGAGAUGCUCUAUUUAGACUUCCUGGAAAUGUUGACAAUCAUUUUAAUGACCAAAGGUGCUACUUAUUUUUCAGCAUUGACCUUUAUCGUAAGUGCUCCUGUCUGCUGAGCUUUAUUCAUUUUGGGUGAGGGUGAGAGAGAGGUGAAUGCAAUAAAAUAGGAGUAUCUGUUUUCUUGUCUUUGUUAUGCAAUUUAGCUCUGUAAGAGUUCCUUUGUAUCUAGUGUUACUGUAUUUUAAUUAUUUCUUACUGCUCACUAAUUUUUAUUGCAAGCCUGUGCUGUUUUCCUAGAAAGCAUAUGCAUAUAUAUUUCUAUAUUUGUUUAGAAAAUAUGUAUUGCUUAUUACAUUAAGAUUGAAAUGACAAAUAAAUGUUCAUGUUAAAUUUUUGAA